UGCGAUAGAAAAUGGAGGACGACGAAGAACAAGAAGAGGCGCCUCUCGCAGUUCAAAUUGAAGAAAUAUUGGAACCCUACCCCCACGAACAAUUCAAUUCAAGGCGACCGGAAAACGACGACGUUUGCGUCGGGGUCACCGUCAUCACAGGCUAUCUCGGAGCCGGAAAAUCCACUCUGGUGAAUCACAUACUGAAUUCGCAACACGGGAAAAGGAUAGCGGUGAUCUUGAACGAGUUCGGUGAGGAAAUUGGAGUAGAAAGAGCGAUGAUCAACGAAGGAGAUGGCGGCGCGCUUGUUGAAGAAUGGGUUGAGCUAGCAAAUGGUUGUAUCUGUUGCACUGUCAAGCACAGUUUAGUUCAAGCGCUUGAGCAACUUGUACAGAGGAAGGAAAAACUUGAUCACAUUUUACUGGAGACCACGGGGUUGGCGAACCCGGCUCCACUUGCAUCUGUUCUUUGGUUGGACGAUCAGCUGGAAUCAGCGGUCAGGCUCGAUUCGAUUAUCACCGUUGUUGAUGCGAAAAACCUUCGUUUUCAGCUCAAUGAGCGUCAAGCGUCAUCUUCAUUUCCUGAAGCCUUUCUUCAAAUAGCAUUUGCGGAUGUUAUAAUUCUCAACAAGGUUGAUUUGGUUUCUCCAGAGGGUUGUGAAGGUGUUCUGGAGGAACUGGAGAAGGAGAUUCAUAACAUUAACUCCCUUGUCAGCAUCAUCCGUUCUGUUCGGUGUCAAGUUGACUUGCCUAAGUUAUUGAACUGUCGGGCCUAUGAUGCUACACAUGCCACUCAUUUAGAAGCAUUGUUGGAAGAAAGCCGUUCUCUAUCUACCAGGGAUCUUCAUGAUAGUGGUGUGAGGACCUUAUGCAUUAGUGAGCCACGACAGGUUGAUCUUGACAAGGUUCGUUUAUGGAUUGAGGAGAUUCUUUGGGAUAAGAAAUAUGGUAUGGAAGUGUAUCGCUGCAAAGGAGUUCUAAGCAUUCAAAAUUCUGAUCAACUACAUACUUUGCAGGCCGUGAGGGAGAUAUAUGAGAUUAUUCCAUCUCGCAAAUGGAAAGGUGGGGAAAGUCAGAUGAACAAGAUAGUUUUUAUAGGUCAUAACCUGAAUGAGGACGUUCUUACUGAUUCCUUCAGCAAUUGCACAACUCAGUGAUAAUAAUACUAGUAAACUGACAAAAAUUAGAAAGUUAAGCUGUAAAUCAUGAUUUGGGUAGAAUAGGAAUCCAGAAGCUUCGCCGAUUCUAUACAUUUGUCUUGAUUCCUUGAAGUCCUAAAUCAACAAAUAUCAACUUGGCAACACAAGAAAUAAAUGAAUCAACCUUUCUAAUGUA